AGACAUGAGUCAGCAGCACACUGGUUUCCCAGCAACAGUGUAAAUAACUCAGAGAGUUUUCUGUUAGCUAGCCUGCAUGAGACAGUGGAAGAGAAAUGAAUGAAACGUUGGUUAUUUAAGGAGAUAGCUUAAGGGGGCGUUAAGUGCAUCCUGGAAGCAAGACCCGAAGGUUAAAUUACAGGUCAGACAGGCAGCUGAUGGUUGCUGGCUAGCCAAUGGGGCUGUUUGACAAGUUGGCAGGAUGGCUGGGGUUGAAGAAGGAGGUGAAUGUGCUGUGUCUUGGUCUGGACAACAGCGGAAAAACCACCAUCAUCAACCACCUCAAGCCCUCUAAUGCCCAGGCACAAGACAUUGUCCCUACCAUUGGCUUCAGCAUAGAGAAGUUCAAGACAUCCAGUCUUUCCUUCACAGUGUUUGACAUGUCUGGUCAAGGCAGAUACAGAAACCUUUGGGAACACUACUACAAGGAAGGCCAGGCUAUCAUUUUUGUCAUUGAUAGUGCAGACAAACUGAGGAUGGUAGUAGCCAAAGAAGAACUGGACACAUUAUUAAACCAUCCUGAUAUUAAACACAGGAGGAUCCCCAUCCUGUUCUUUGCUAACAAGAUGGAUGUCAGAGAUUCUCUGUCUUCAGUCAAGGUCUCACAGCUGCUCUGUUUGGAGAACAUCAAAGACAAACCCUGGCACAUCUGUGCCACCGAUGCUCUGAAAGGAGAAGGUUUGCAGGAGGGAGUCGACUGGUUGCAAGAUCAAAUCAAAACAAUGAGAACGUGAGGGCAUGAGGAUGGACACGCCAGAAGCAGCAGCAUCCAUGGAAAUCUUUUCUGAAAGAUGGGUUGACCCUGUUUUCAGAAGUACCAUGGGAUGGUAAUGUUUUUAAUGUGGUAUUUUGAUGGUUCUUGGCUGGCGUGGUUCACUCAGAAUUGAUACAUUAUUUGAUUAUCUGGUACCAGUAAUAACAGUGCAGUGAGAAACAUACAAAUAGGCAACAUUGUCACAUUCAUUUGGGGCAAAUUCUUACUUUUCCAUAAAAGCAUUAUGAGUUUAAACUGAUAAGUUGUCUCAAAAUGGGCAGUAAAAUGCCAAAAAUAUGGAACAUAACAAUAUUAUCCCUCCAAUUCCUCAAUAUAUUUGUGUAACAGGCUCACAGGGAUCAUGAUACUAUAACUACACUUAUAUGUGCUACUGUCAUUGGUGCUGUUUUUAUUUUAGGAAGCAUGAAUACCAGUUCUAGAACGGACAUGUUGUUAGGUGGUGUGUUAUUUUGUAUGUUUCAGCCCGUAUUAGACACUGUCUGACAAAUGAUAUGUGCCAGCUUCCCUGAAGAGAACAGCUGACACCACAUUAUACCAAUGAUGUCAACUCAAUGUAUUUUGUCCUUUGUGUACUGGCUCACAAUUACCAAUGUUAUUGUGUGGUCCUAUGCACUAUGCUCAUGUUUCAGCCACUGGCUAAAUGCUCUCAUCUGCAGUUUUAUCACAGUCUCUGCGAUCUGUGUGCAAUGGGCUAAUACAUACAAACCAACCUGUAAGGAAGGUCCUUUAGAAAUGGUUUCCACCUCUGAAAUAUGCCAAACGCUCUUUUUUUUUUUUCCUCAUGGGUCUCAGGGCCUCUGUAGAUACAUUAUUAUUUGUGUUUGAAGCAUCACAACAGUUCAGUUAACUAUUGUUUACUUCUUCAGCUGAGGGAAAUUUUCUGGUAUUUGUCAAACAAAUACCAGAAAGUGUUCAUGCAUCACAGUGCACAUUGCCUUUCUCAAACUUGCAUAUAGGGCCAUCUCAUUGUCACAUUAAAAGCAAAAGUUACAGUGUCUUUACUGCAGCUAAUACUUCAUGCAGCUCUGCUCAUGUUUAAUUGAUGUUGCUCCUUUUUGAGUAGCUGUGAAAAUAUGUUUUGCGUAUUGAAGAUUAAAUGUUUUCUAGGACCCAGUAGAUUUUUGUUGUACAUAUUGUUACUUGUGGCUAAUUGUUUAUAUGUAUUUAACUUAGCGUGACAAGGUAAAAUGAUAGUCAUGAAGUGAAUGUCAAGUUAAUUAGCCAAAAUUUGCUUAAAAAUCCAAACUUCAAAUACUAUUUUUCAACUAGCGUUUUUACCUUUGCCUUAUUUCAUUGCUCAAAGAAAAGAAAUGUAAUCAAACAAAAUGCUUCUUACAAUUUACUCAUGGUACUUCAGUGAUUCAAAGGCAGACAACUGAAAAAAGACAUCUGCACAAAAGUUUUUAAUGCCAGCCUUUGAUCCUGUUGUUUAGCCACUGGCUGAAAGCUUACAUUAAAAACCACUUCUGUACAGAUCAGAGUGUAUGGUUGCUUUUUAGGUUCUGCUAAGCUCAAUCACCUCAACAAAGCUUUAUAGCUAGUGGGAGGUGUUUCACUGUUUUUGAGUAGCUUCAAGGCAAAAAGGAAUAACAUACAGAAAUGUGAGAUAAAAUAUUUAGAAUAAUCUUGUUUAUAUUUGUCUUUAAAUGUCUCAUCUGUAAACUUUACUACAAAACUGCUACUACAAAAACUACAAAAACACCUUGUAACGCUCCAAAAAUGAAAUAUUUUCCCCCAAAUAACACAAUAUUUUUAUAAUGGUUGUCCUUACAGUCCGGUUCACUUUCAGGACUGUGCUAUACAGAAAACCUCGUCAUGUAAUGUUUUGAAAAGGAUUUUGUUCAUGGUUUGAAAUAUUAACUGUAGAAUGUAUAACCCGUGGGUAUGAGGUUGAUAGGACAAAAUAAUUCCUGUCAGUUUUUUGUGAAUGUAGUUCUUUAAGUUGUGAAUGAUUGAAAAGUCAUGUUCAAAAUUCAACAUAGACCAACCGAAGAAAACUUCACAGAUACCUUUCAUGUAGAGCAAGGUUUUAUGAAUCUUUCAAAUGAUCAAAUAGUUGAUUAUUUUUGCUUAAAUACAAGAAAUGUGAGCUGAAAAUAUUUGUUAUUGUUGCUAUCAGGCGGUUUCAAAUUUUUACAUCCUGAAAGUUGUGAAUGACUGUUCUGUAGUGUUUUUGUUGCAAGGAUACGUUUCCAGUGAAAUCUGGUCUGUUUCACCUUCAGUCCACUCAUAUUUAUCUAUUUUUUAUACUACCACUGGGGGACACCCAAGUCCAAAAUAUUCACAUCCUGCUCAUAGUGGCUUUAAGGACACUACAUUGAUUUUGUAAUAUACUGUCUAUUUUUAACUGUAAGACAUUUCAGAGUGGUGAUUUACUUCAUAUACUCCAGACAUCUAUUUCAAAGCAAAGACCCUCUGAGCACAGGUUCACUUUAGCAUCAGAGACGUUAUAGACUCUUCAAACUAUAUCAACAAACGAGCUGUGUGUAUUUUGUUUAUUAUAUUGUAUGUGGUAAUUUUCAAAGAAUAAAUGCUAUGGAAAAUGAA